AUGAGUGACCAAGACAGCACCUCGGCCUCCCAAACAGAGGGAGAAUUUGAGGAGGAGAUGGACGGAGACAUGGAUGGGGAACGAGAGAUAGAUGAGAAACAUAGGGGCAGUCCGGUCCCAAGUCUAUCCAGUUUCUCCACGUCUCUGGCCGCCGUCAUACGCAUCAAACAGAAGUACAGGGCCAUGAAGUUGCGCCGCCAAGAGAUGGUCCUCGGACUGGGAGGGUCGGCGGCCCUCCUAGGAGCCCCAUCACGCACCAGUCCCAAAAUUUUCACCUUUGACGCACUCACCCCAUCUUCCAUCCCCAACUUGUCGUCUGUCCCUCAGAAGAAAAAGAGGAGAAAGAGGAGGCGGGUGCUUUUUCCUAACAGAGGAGGACGAAGGGCGCCACCGAAGCAGGAGCGCAGCCGAGCCAAAUACUGUCUUUACCUUCUCUUCGCAAUCGUCUUUAUUCAGGUGUACAAUGCCAUAGAGAACCUAGAUGACCACGUCCUCAGGUACGACCUGGAGGGGCUGGAGAAGACGCUGAGGAGGGAGGUGUUUGGGCAGCAGGGAGCGGUGGAGGGUCUGCUAUCCCACCUGAAGGAUUACCUGUCUACCUAUGUACACAACAAGCCCCUGGUGGUGUCCCUGCACGGUCCCAGCGGAGUUGGCAAGAGCCACCUGGGACGCCUGCUGGCCGGACACUUCCGCUCCGUGGUGGGUGACACGCUGGUGAUGCAGUACUACGUCCUCCAUCACUGUCCUCAGGAGGCUGAAGCCACGCACUGCGCCCGCAACCUGUCCACGGUCAUCUCGGAGAUGGUGGAACGAGCCGAGGAGGAGGAGAAGAUCCCGCUCUUCAUCUUCGAUGAGGUUGAGCACAUGCACAACGAGAUCCUGGACGAGCUUUUGGAGCUAGUCUCAACCAAACAGUCCAACGAGUACCUGAACGCCAUCUACCUGUUCCUCAGCAACCUGGGUCACGCGCACAUCACCAAACAUAUGCUACACAACUCCUCGAGUUACUCCACGGCGAUGUCGGCAUCGGGUCGCCAGAGUAACCUGGUGAAAGAGCUGACUCCGAUAUUACGCACCACUCUGGAGAAGCUUCACCGGCUGUGGACAGAAGCCGACAUCUUACCUCUGGGCCUGCUGGAAAAAGGUCACGUGAUGGAGUGUUUCCUGGACGAAAUGAGCAGAGAGGGGUUCUACCCGGAUCACACAAGCAUCGAGCGCCUGGCGGGAGAGAUCGAAUAUCAUCCUUCAGUUGGGGCCCACCAGUAUUCUCUCACAGGCUGCAAACAAGUGGUGGCUAAAGUGAACCUGCUGUGAGACCCUCUGCAGGAAAUGUUUGGAUGCUUCAUAUUCUUUCAAGCAUGAAGAAACUCUGCGUGAGACGCAAGGGAAGUCGUACGGUUAUGAAACUUGAAUGAUUGCAACACGGAGCCAAAGUUUUGUAUGGGUUUUUAAAAAAAAAAGAAAAACAGAGGAGCAGUUUGUUCAUUGAUGAAUGACGCUGAGGACGUCCGGCUCUGUUGUGGAGAAGAAGAGUCCUGUGAAGAGGUUUUUUUUUUUAAAUGGCCACAAACUUUCUUUUAAAGGGUCAUUUCACCAUAAUGAUAUAAGAAAAAUAACUUUAUUACAAGAGUUUUUUCCAGAACUUUCAAUCUCCUCUCACAGUUUUUUUCUCAGUGGUCAUGAUGAUUUUUUUUUUUUAUCCAUGUUUGAAAAUCAGGGAUGUUUCACUCAAUGUCCAGUUACUGCCUUUUUGGAGACUUUCAAACACAUCUCAUUUUCCUCAGCAGAUGUAGUUUGAUUAGUCGUUGAAUAGGAUCAUAUAAGAUGUUGUUGUUGUUGUCUGUGUUUUUUUAAAGUCAAGGCUGUUUGAAUCAAUUUUCAGACUUACUCUAACCCUAACCUGUUUAACAUUUAUUCAGCAUUUCAAAAUCAAUACAAUCAAUUCAAUAAUUUUCUUGGGCUUUCAAACACAUCUUACCACACAAAGUUACUCCAGUUUAGUUCAUUCAUUUGGUUUUUAACCCUAAAACAGGCUGGAAUGGAAAAUGAGAUGUGAAAAAU